CUUCUGCCUGAAAUGGCCAAGCAAAGCUCCCCGUCACUAGCUGAAGUUGUAAAGCAAGUUGCAGAGCAGGAGCAGUCACAGGUGGCAGAUGUGGAAAAAAGCAAAACGGUUCUUUUCCAAUUGCAGGCAAAGUGUCAGGAACUAGAAAAAGAAAUGAAUGCUAUUCUGUUAGAAACAAAGACAACAGAAAAGGAAAUUCAUCUACAAGAUGAUGCCAUAGAAGUGACAAAAUACCAGUGUGAAAAUCUGGAGGCCCAAGUCAGAGCCCUGUAUUCUGAAAAUAUAAAAUUGAAGUGUGAUGCAGAAACAGUACAAGAGGAGUUUGAGAUGAUACUUGCAAGAAAUAAUGAAUAUCGGGAAAAAAUAAAGGUUCAUAAACAUCUCUUUUGGGAGAUGGAAAGUAAAUUGCCAGUUAUGAUUGAACUUGCUAAAAAGAAAGCAUUUGUGGAAGAAUUAAAAGCAAAGAAAGAGGAGUUAAUAUGCGAUCUCCAGAAUCCAGAAGGAUCUAUUAUAAAACAAGUGCAGGAAGAAAUCACACUUUUAAAAAGCGAAACCACAACAUUGAACGAUUUAAUCAAUAAAAAUAGAGAUCUGCUGGAAGAAGAGACAAAAAAGCAUGCUAAGCUUCAAAAAGAAAUUGAGGUACAGAAUAAGAGAUAUGAUGCUAUUUUAAAACGCUUGCAUUGCCAACUGAACAAAGUCCAUUCCAAUGAAAGACAAUGGCACUGGAACAUUCAGCAGUUGGAGAAGAAGGCUGCAGAGCUAAGAAAGUGUCUUGAAGUAGCAGAGUUACAAAACAUCAAGUAACAAACUUAACAAAGCUAAAAUGCUGAUAAUC